AUGGAGCGCCAUCAUAAUGUCGAGGGCUUUGAUGACGCGGCGAUGGCCGCGGGUCCGUGCGACGACGGUCUCUUUCACUUUGAGCAAAAGCACGUCUUCUCAACGCAGAACAAUCCGAUGUGCGGCAUCACUCUGCCGCAGUGGCUCGCAAUCCUCUCUGCCCACGGCCGCCACAUCGAGUGGCCGUACCUCCUGCGCGUGGCCUUUCUCACGCUCUCGUCCCUUUUUACCUUCUCGCUCGGCCUCAUCGAGUCGCUUUGGUACCCGUCGCAUGUGAUUGACGCGAUCCCGCUGCCCGAGGACCCGGUCUUUGUCAUUGGGCACCCGCGGACCGGCACGACGCUCCUCCACAACCUCCUCGCGUCCGACGACGACUCGUUUUACCACUGCACGACGUUCUGCGCGGGCUUUCCCAGCUGCUUUCUCUGGUUUGAAAAGUGGGGCAAGCGCCUCUUCUCACGUGCGAUUGCGCCGACGCGGCCCAUGGACUCGAUGCCUCUGCACUUUGAUUUGCCCCAAGAAGAUGAGUGCGCAACGAGUCUCCUCUCGCAUGGCGCGAGCUACUACCUCGCACUCGCCUUUAUGGCCCAAGAGACAUGCUUUCGCAAGUUCCUGACGCUGGCGCCCGAAGACGGCGCGACGCCCGAGGAUGAAGCCCGCUGGACGCUCGCGUUUACCUUUCUUGUCAAGAAGCUCACGCUGCGCUCCUCGCUGGUGCAGGCGCCGUCAACGAUGCGCCGCCGCCUCUUGCUGAAAUCGCCGAUCCAUACGGCGCGCGUGCCACUGCUCCGCAAGCUCUUUCCCAAGGCGACGUUCAUCUACCUCCACCGCGACCCGUACAAGGUGCUCCAAUCCUCCGCACACAUGGCCAACACCGCGUUCUGGUACAUUUACCUCAACACGCCGACGGACGAGCAAGUCACCGAGUACACGCUCUGGCAGUUCGAGCGCAUGUACGAUGUGUACUAUGCUGCGAGCCGCGAUGCAAGCACGGGCGCGUUGGCCGAAGACAUUCUCGAAGUGGCCUACACCGAUUUAGUGUCGUCAACCAUGCCGUCGCUCAAGCGUGUGUACGCCCACGCGGGCCUUGCCUGGACCGACAAGAUCGAAGCCAAGUUUGAGGCCCAAGUCGCGGCCUUGGCCGGCUACAAGGUCAACGAGUUCGUCGAGCUGCCACCGCGUCUCCGCGACGUGAUCCAGACGCGGGCUGCGGGCUACUUCAAGACGUUUGGCUAUGCCACGUAA